AUGGCCAACUACAAGGCAGGAAGGAUCAUCCCACAAGAAUACACAAAACAACAAGUCAAGAAGUUGCUACAUGAGGCCAAGUUCUUCUUCUGGGAUGAACCAUUUCUAUUCAAAAGAUGCCCAGAUGGAAUGAUAAGAAGGUGUGUACCAGAGGUUGAGAUGAAGGACAUACUAUGGCAUUGUCACAACUCAAGCUAUGGUGGCCAUUUUGGAGCUGAAAGAACUGCUGCAAAGGUGCUUCAAAGUGGGUUCUACUGGCCUUCCAUCUUCAAGGAUGCUAGAGACUUUGUGAGCCAUUGCAAUGAAUGUCAAAGAACAGGAGGUUUGACAAAGAAAAAUGAGAUGCCUCAGAAGUUCAUUUUGGAAGUGGAGCUCUUUGAUUUGUGGGGAAUAGACUUCAUGGGACCCUUUCCUCCAUCCUACACAUUCAAAUAUAUUUUGGUGGCAGUGGAAGAGCUAAAGAGGAUCCUGGAGAAAACUGUGAGAGCAACAAGAAAGGAUUGGGUUCGAAAGCUGGAUGAUGCACUUUGGGCAUACAGAACAGCAUUCAAAACGCCCAUAGGAAAAUCUCCAUUUCAGCUGGUGUAUGGGAAGGCAUGUCAUCUCCCUGUGGAGCUUGAACACAAGGCCUUUUGGGCCACCAAACUUUUAAAUUUAGAUGCUCAAGCAGCAGGAGAAAAGAGGUUACUACAACUCAAUGAAUUAAAGGAAUUCAGAUUGGAGGCAUAUGAAAAUGCCAGAAUAUACAAAGAAAGAGCAAAAAUGUGGCAUGACAAGAGGAUCUCCCAAAGAACAUUCGAACCAGGCCAAAAAGUGUUGCUAUUCAACUCAAGACUGAAGAUCUUCCCUGGAAAGCUCAGGUCUAGAUGGACUGGUCCAUACACCAUCACCAAAGUAUCACCUCAUGGCUAUGUGGAAUUACUUGAUGAAGCUUCAAAACAGACUUUCACAGCUAAUGGGCAUAGGGGAAGUGAAAGAAAGAAGUGA